AUGUAUUUGCAGCCGCUUCCAGCCAAGGAUGGGAAUUACCGCACCUGGUGUGAGGCUAAGGAGAUGGUCUGCCUGCGGAAGAAUGGCUUGACUCCACAAAUGCGUCCAGCGCUGAAGCAUCUGCAUCGACAGGUUGGACCCGUGACGACUCACACUGAACACACAAUUGAGGCCAGCCGGCUGGACUCAUGCUUCAUUCGCAAAAUUGAGUUGGCAAAACUGAGUGUGGCUUUAGGCCAGGCCGAAGUGCUGGAAGAAUACCUCGAUGGAGCGGUCGAGAAACAUAUUCUCCUCAGCGGCGUUGAAACCAAGAAUGUCAAUGGUUGUACUUAUACGACAGGUUUCACGGCUUUACACAAAGCCGCCGGGGAGGCCUCCCCUUCCAUCACCACGCUUCUCCUAAAGCACGGCGCCGAUCCAAAUGCAUACCGGACUGCCCUGAUGGAGGCGGCGCUGUGGGGUCGGCUUGAUAACGUCAACGAACUCCUAGCCGGCGGGAGCGACCAAAACAUCGGGUGCAGCCGUGGCGGAAAAGAGCUGAGGGCCGUUGAUUUCGCGAGGCGUUGUGACGACAGCGCCAAGGAACGCUAUAUGCGUUCUGGUGGUGAUCGUCAAAUGUGCUGCGAAAACACAUGUGCGUGA